AGACAGGGAGAGAGAAGAGAGAAAGAAAGCCCAAGACAGGGAAGAGACCCUGAGCUGAGACAGAGACAGAGAAGUAGAAAGAGAAGCCAAACUACUCUUAAGAUCCCUCUCUCGGGUCUUCUGCCUUCUCUGGCCACAGGUGAGGUGGACAAUCUCCCAGAAUUCAGCCCGAGCUGCCCUUUGGAAGAAUGAAGCUUCGCACCAUGGGCUUGGUGUACCUGCUGCUGACCUGCCUGGCCCUGCCCAAAGCUGAGUGCCGGCUCCCUGACCGCUCCAUGGAGAUCAGGAAUCCUGACAUCAACCCUUCCUGGUACACGGGCCGAGGGAUCCGACCGGUGGGCCGCUUUGGCCGAAGGAGGGAGGCCCUGGAGGGCUCCCCGAAGGCAGCCUCUGGCCGGGGCCCAGCGUGCUUCCCUGCCCAGGAGAGUCACAAGUUGGCCCGAGAGGCCUGACAUGUUUCAGGCCAGAAGCCGCCCCGGCACCUCCUCAGCCCUCCCCCUCCUCAGCCCGGCUCAUCUUCUCUCUGCAAAUAAAAGUAUUUGAUCUCACUU